CAUGGAGCCGCGCGAGGUGAAGGACCGCAUCCUGGAGAACAUCUCCCUCUCCGUGAAGAAGCUGCAGAGCUACUUUGCUGCUUGUGAAGAUGAGACCCCGGCCAUCAGGAACCACGACAAGGUCCUGCAGCGGCUCUGUGAACAUCUGGACCAUGCUCUGCUCUAUGGGCUGCAAGAUCUUUCCUCAGGCUACUGGGUGCUGGUUGUUCACUUCACCCGCCGGGAAGCCAUCAAACAGAUAGAAGUGCUUCAGCACGUGGCCACCAACCUGGGGCGCAGCCGGGCUUGGCUGUACCUAGCCCUUAAUGAAAACUCCUUGGAGAGCUACUUGAGGCUGUUUCAGGAGAAUCUAAACCUGCUACACAAGUACUAUGUCAAGAAUGCCCUGGUUUGCAGUCAUGAUCAUCUGACCCUGUUCUUAACGCUGGUGUCUGGACUGGAGUUCAUCCGCUUUGACUUGGAUCUGGAUGCUCCUUACCUGGAUCUGGCACCRUACAUGCCGGAUUACUACAAACCUCAGUACCUGCUGGACUUUGAGGAGCGCCUGCCCAGCUCAGUGCACGGCUCGGACAGCCUGUCUCUCAACUCCUUCAACUCRGUCACCUCCACCAACCUGGAGUGGGAUGACAGCGCCAUUGCUCCGUCCAGCGAAGAUUAUGAUUUUGGAGAUGUCUUUCCAGCAAUGCAGUCCAUGCCCAGCAGAGACUGGGAAGAUGGAGACCUCACGGACACGCUGAGCUGCCCGCGCUCCGCCGCCUCGGAGGCCAACGGCAGCAAGGCCGCUGUGAAGAGCCCCACGCAGCGCUACAACCCCUUCAACGAGGAGAGAGGCGACGCGCCGUCCUCCGCCGAGGCCACGCCGGUGCACGCGGCUUCCCAGGACAGRGCUGAGGCCACCCCCGAGGGCACCGACCAGUCUGAGAGCUGCACCGAGCUGGAGGUCAUCAGGUUAGCCAAGAGGAAGAAAGCGGGCAAGAAGAAGAAAGCGAAGCCGGAGGAAGCAGUGAACAGUCCUGCAGCCCCAGUACCCGAGUCCAGCGCCCAGCAGGCUGGUGGCGAUAAGGAGGUGAACGGACCGAGUGACAGAGAUGACCCUCCUGGAGUCGAUGGUCCUGCUCCUGCAGGGGAACCGAGCCCAGGCGGGCCAGAAGAGAGCGCUGAGCGCUCUGCCCUGGGCCAGCUGGCCCUGCGCAUCCCCGAGAUGAAGGACACGUCCAUGGAGAGCGUGGGACAGCCACUGAGCAAGGUGAUGGACAGGCUGAACGGGCAGCUGGAUCCCGGCGGUUGGAGCGCCCCGCUCGAGCACCCCGGGCAGUCCUUUCGGAGCGGCACGCCAGGGGAGACUCCCGAUGGAUCGUCCUCUGGCGACCUUAGUGAGGGCAUUUCRGCCCCCAUGGACUUCUACCGCUUUACCGUUGAGAGUCCAAACACUUCUGCAUCAGGUGGUGGCCACCAUGACUCUCCAGGGCCUGGCCAACCGCCACAUGUUUCUGGUAGCCUUGCGGCUCCUGAACAAGAAGAAAGUGGAGAGGGAGAGGGAAAAGCAGCUGGGGCAGUAGAAGACUCUGGAAGGGCAGCUGAUGAACCCCAAGUUGGCCAGACAGAAACCACCAACCCAGAGGUUGUCUGUGAGCUGAAGAAGGAGCAGCCCAGCCCUUCCGCAAGUAGCGCUGAGGACUCUGGUGUGGAGGAAGGUCAGGGAAGUCCUUCAGAGCUGAGUCACCCCUCUGAGUUCAGGGUAGACAACAACCAUCUCCUGCUACUGAUGAUCCAUGUCUUUCGGGAGAAUGAGGAGCAGCUGUUCAGGAUGAUCCGCAUGAGCACGGGGCACAUGGAGGGCAACCUUCAGCUCAUCUACGUCCUGCUGACGGAUUGUUAUGUGUACCUGAUCCGGAAAGGGGCAGCGGAGAAGCCGUACAUGGUGGAGGAGGCUGUUUCCUAUAACGAGCUGGACUACAUUUCGGUUGGGCUGGAUCAGCAGACGGUGACUCUGGUGUGCACCAACCGGAGGAAGCAGUUCCUGCUCGACACGGCAGACGUCGCCCUCACCGAGUUCUUCCUGGCCUCCUUGAAGUCAGCCAUGAUCAAGGGGUGCCGGGAGCCCCCUUACCCCAGUAUCCUCACGGACGCCACCAUGGAGAAACUGGCGCUCGCCAAGUUUGUGGCGCAGGAGUCCAAGUGCGAGGCCUGCGACGUGGUCGUGCGUUUCUAUGGCCUGGUGCACUGGGAGGACCCGCUGGACGAGGCGCUGGGACCCGCUCCCAACAGCUGCUCCUCUGCUGAAAACACCGUCACGAAGGACGGCGUCCUGCACUACAAGGCGGGGACCUCGUACCUGGGCAAGGAGCAGUGGAAGACCUGCUUCGUGGUGCUCAGCAACGGGAUUUUGUACCAGUACCCGGACCGCACAGACGUCACCCCUCUGCUCUCCAUCAACAUGGGCGGUGAGCAAUGCGGGGGAUGCCGGCGCUCCAACACCACCGAGCGGCCCCACUCCUUCCAGGUGAUCCUCACGGACCGGCCCUCGCUGGAGCUGAGCGCCGACAACGAGGCCGACAUGGCCGACUGGAUGCAGUACUUCUGCCAGGCUGUCUCCAAAGGGGUAAUCCCCCAAGGUGUCGCCCCCACGCCUUGUGUCCCCUGCUGCCUUGUGCUCACGGACGAGAAGGCCUUCACGUGCCACGAGGACUGCCAGACCAGCUUCUUCCGCUCCCUGGGCACCGUGGAGCUCACCGAUAUCGCCACCGUCUCCACGGAGGUCGGCAAGGAAUACUGUAUCCUGGAGUUUGCUCAGGACCGCGAGCAGUUCCUGCCCCCCUGGGUCCUCUAUUUUAGUUGCACUACAGAACUGGASAGGUUCCUCUCGGCACUGAACACUGCAUGGAAAAACAUCUACCAGGUAGAUCUGCUGCACAAGGCCAUCCUGGAUGCGGCCGUGAAGAAGAAGUGCGAAGACGCCCAGAGCCUCAUUGACAGUGCCUGGCAGCGYAGCGACAGCCUGUGCCGCGGGCGGGCUGAGCGCGACCCGUGGUGCUAG